AUGCUGGCGGGAAGACAAGCGGUGGAUAAUUCAACUGGAAUUCUCUAUACAACGGAGCCGAUUGCUCCGCAUACAAGGCACACAACACAUCGCCCUAAUUUACAUGGAGAGCUCAAAGCAACAGCACUCUCAACGACUUUUGUCGCGUUGCUCGCCGUGGGCUUGCGGAUCUUCACUCGUACUCGCCUGGUCCAGGGUGGUCUACAUACAGAUGACUAUAUGGUGAUGGUUGGACUACUGUUCAGUGUUUUACUGCUUGGCAUAAAUUUCAAACAUCUGGAAGUCGGCCUUGGGUAUCAUAUCUGGGAUGUGCCCCUAAGCGAUUUCACGGUGCCAUUUCAAGUGAUGACCCUCGUCGGAACAAUCUUCUACGCUACCAGCCUCGCAUUUACCAAGAUUUCCAUCCUUUGUUUCUACCUCCGACUUUCUCCGCAAGCAUGGUUUCGAUGGCUGGUCUGGACACUGAUCGGUAUUGUGACCACGUACGCAGUCGUCUAUAAUCUUCUUAGUAUCUUCGCCUGUUGGCCUCUCGCCGCAACAUGGGACGCCACGCUCAUGCCAACAGCAAAAUGCAUUGAUCCACUAACUAAGUACGUGGCGUUAUCGAUCUUGAACAUCAUCAUCGAUGUGUUUACCCUGGUCCUUCCUAUCCCUGUAAUAGCACCGCUACAUAUGGGACUGAAGCAGAAGAUCACCGUCUGUCUACUUUUCGCGACAGGAGCAUUUGUAUGCGCCGUAGCCGUUCGCCGAACGAUUCUCUUAGAGCCUCUCAUGACGUCGACCGACUAUACCUGGGCCGCCGUCGAGCAAUUCCAUUGGUGCUUCGCGGAAGUAAACGCAUCCAUCGUAUGCGCCUCCGUUUCAGCUCUUAAACCUUUCUUCUGGAAAUAUAUUCCCGGUCUCAUCAGCUCUCGUUACCGAAGCUAUGCAGAAGGAAAGUAUUAUCAAGGAGGCAGUGCUCCCUUCGAGCACAAUUCAGAGGGGCGUAAGAUCCCACGUCAUCGUGGGCGAGAAGUGUAUGAGCUGGAGUCGAGGGACGAUGCGUCCGAAUUGUCGGACAGAAUGAAACUUCCCAUUCAGGGUGUCGAUGACGAAGCGAGGUUGUGGGAAAGUGAGCAUGCCAUGUCGCCUCACCAUUCGACUCUGGCGGGCAACACUGGUCGCCGAAGCUCAUCCGUGUGCCACGCAACCUACCCAGAAGAGGCUAAACGGCACUCUGGGACGAAAGCGACAAACCAGAUAUGGGUGAAGUCAGAGACCAGAAUCUCAUACAGUAAGAGUUGAUCUUGGGGAUUGAGAGGAUUCAGAGACAGGGGACAAGGAUCGUAGGUCCUCUACAAAAGGAAGUCGGUGGGUUCCUGCAGCGUG